AUGGGGAACCCUGAGAUGGAUCUUCUAGCAGCACAAGCACUUAAUACAGAAGCUCGAGCGGACAACACAGGUUCACACGAGAAGAUGGAUUACGCUGUGAUUUUGAAAGCCCUCCAUGAGCAUCUGAUUCCAGCUGCACACAGUUUAGAAGAGCAGUUCUGCCCGUCAGAUGUCAGUCCAAGCAGUGAGAGGUAUUUUGAAGAGAGAAAACACCUGGAAGAGUUUAUAACAAGCAUAGAUACGAUAACCCUACAAAACCUGCAGACGGUCAUUGAUCGAAUCCUGGUCUUUCACGAGCGGACGCAGAUGCCUCUGUCUAGUCCGGCUCGACUGGGAGAGCAGGAGCUGUUUCCGGGGAGCGGGCUCUACCUGCCGCACUACAAACUGGCGUCCGUGCUGCAGGAGUCCCGGCAGGACAGCAUGAGACUCUUCCACCUGCUGUUCGAGCACUUCUUCAGCGAGGAGGAUCUUAACGGGGCCGUCGCUUUUGGGAAGAGGGGAAAAGUCCCUGACGGGAAAAAGAUCUUGGACAGAAGAAGAGUGGAUGGGAUUAUGUGUAAGUAUUUGAAAUGGGACAGCCAGCUUUUACUGAUCAUCUCAGAACGAUUUGGGGCUGUGCGCUUCCAUAGCUCCACACUCAAAUGGGGUGACGUGCGCUUGCUCACCACAGAAACAGGACUAGAGUGUCUGGAGUGGACCUACCAGGAUUUUACUGACCCUAAUGCCAGAAACCGAAGGUCCACGACUGAGUACCGCAUCUACGCUACCCCGCAUGCUCCUCAAACCUGCCCUGUGCAGGACUACAAGGAAUAUGCUCAGCGCAGACCUCAAGCAAUGCUUUUUGAAGAUGCGCCCUUUUAUCUGUCCAUCAAGCCAGUGGUCAACCUCGCUGCCCUGCACUGGUACAACUGCCAAGCUCUGGGAAAGAACAAAUUAGCAAAGAUGGUGAAGACCAUGUGUGAGAAAGGCAACAUUCCAGGGAGAAAGACCAAUUUCAGUGUUUACCAGAGUUGCAGCUCCUUGUCCGAGGCCCAGAGCAAUCAGCUAGUCCUGAUCUGCAAUGACCUCAGGCAACAAGCUGUCCAGUCAGGGAGUUCCCAUCCUGGCAGCACCAACUUUGUCAUUGCUGGUUCUUUUGACUCUACUGACUCUGCUUAA